AAAAAAACCUACAGGAUGGUAGAUCUCCAGGAAGAGGGUUAAGCUGCCCUGUAGGCCUACAUUGGAACAGGACUUUACUGGAACCGAUUCCUGUCACCUGGGUUUAUUUUCAGUGUAACACACCCUUACUACCAUAAUUUACUGGAACACGGCGGGCUAAAGACCGUAGAUACCAAAGUUUUCAGGAAAUGAAUUAACAAUGCCAAUCACAAUUUAUAGCUUAGUUCAUAGCUACCAUAAAAAUUCCCCUUAUCAUUGCUCUAUGUCACGUAACGUUCCUUGGUGAAAGCAUAGGGGACGGGACAGUAUAUAAAGAGCGGAGCAACCUCUACUCCACUCAUCACUCCAUCACUGGCCAACCUGAGAAAAGACUACCUGUGACUUGCCUACGACUACAGUUAACCAGCAAAAUCACCAUGAAGGUCCUGAGCAUCUCUGUAUUACUCUGUGUGGCCUUAACUCUAAGGGAAGCAGCAGGGCAGCAGCAGGCUGUGGCAGUGGAACAACUAAGCAUUGUUCCAGUUCUAGAGGAGGCUAAAGAGACUGGGCCACUGAAGCCACUGGGUGACGCUCCAAUGGAGACCAUAGUAGAACUGGUAGAAAACAAAGUAGAGCUUGCUCUACCUGAAGAAGGGGAAGCUGAGGCUGAUGCUCUUGCGCUGGUCCAAGCACCAGCGAUAAGGUUUUUGCACUGCCCUGAUGGUUGGUACCUACAUCAGUCGCGCUGUUUCCUCUUUGUGAACUCAUACUUGCCGUGGCACAACGCAGAGGAACACUGCAACACACUGCAUGCAAACCUGGCCUCCGUUCAGAACCCCCGACAGUAUCGCUUCCUGCAGCAGUUAACGACAAUGGCCAACCGGCACAGCGCGUGGAUCGGUGGAUUCUAUCUCCAAGACAGGUGGCUGUGGAUCGACCGUGUAGGAUUCUACUACGAAAACUGGUACACACACCUUGAUGUGGACCGCAACGCUUGCAUCCAUCUGCGUACCUCCGUGGGCUGGUCAAAUGCUCACUGUGGCACAGGUCUCCCAUUCAUCUGUGUGAAAAUGUCCUGUUAGUCAAGAUUGUGCUUCCUGCCAGCAGCAUGAUUUCUGUACGAGAAAGAAUUGUUAGUUGGUUGAUGUCAUUUCUAACUGCUUACAGCAUUUUAGCGUAAUGAAUCCAGGCUGCAUCACAUCCGGUCGUGAUUGGGAGUCCUAUAGUGAGGCGCACAAUUUGCCCUGUCGUCCGGGUUUGUCCGGGGUAGGCCGUCAUUGUAAAUUACAAUUUGUUCUAAACUGGCUUGCCGAGUUAAAGGUUCAAUAAAAAUAAAAAAAAACAUUGAUUUUAUUACUGACUUUAUUCAGUCACACUGGAUGUCUGCCAAAAGGCUAAAUGUGACUUAGGCAAGAUGCAGUCAUAGGAUUCCAUUGGUCCAGGUUUAUUCUACAAAAGCAAUGACUCCCAAAACAUUAUUGCGACAUGUGUAAUGCAAACGUAAUAUAUAUGAUACAUUUAAGAAAGAUCAACAACAUUUUUAUCUGUUCGACUGGGGUGGAUUUUUAUUUUAUCGAACUUUGUUUAUUGCAACAAAUAAUGGUGUUUUUCUAAUUAAUGAUGAUUCCAGAAUAAUUUUGAAGGUAAACUGGGCACGUGAUGUCAUCACGUAACUAUAACGCUCCACUCCACAUUUCAUUCUGAAUGCCUACUGCUAGCAAAAUCAAUUUUUUAAGGUAUCAAUGGAAACACACGGUAGCUACGGAUGAUAGAAACUGUGCUCUUCGAAUAAAUAUAUUUUUUAAGGUAUGCUGGCACAUUAUGUUAUCAACUAUAAAACUCCACUCCACAUGUAAUUCUAAUGCCUACUGCUCGCAACAUCCAUUUAUUCAACAAUAAAAAAUAAUGUUUC